UGAACGAAAAAACACCAUGAUCAAAGUUGAGGGACUAAAUCCAUAAAAAUUGGAAAGGAACAACAAUAAUGGUAUAUAUAGCUUUAAUGUUGUCAGCACUCCAGUGUUAACCUGCAACACUCCAUUAGGGUUGGCAAAGCUCUGUGAAUGGAGCCUUGAGAGCUUGCUUUGAACUUUGGAGUGUGAAUUUAUCAAUUCUCCCCAAAAAAACUCAUUUCUUGCAUUAACGUUUGGACUAUAUUCUCCUAGAAAAUAAGAGUGGCCAAGAAUUGUGCCAGACACAAUGUCUACAACUUCUUAUCUCUAUAUAUAUCAUUCCAAGGUUUUUGCAUCAAACAUCAUUGAUCUUGAUCAUCAUUUUCAGUUCUUUCCUUUCUUUCUUUCUUUUUUUUUCCAGCUAGUUCCAUUUUUCUUGGUAUAAUUAACUAGCUUUUUGCAGUUUAUCAAGCAUUGAUGGACAUGGAGGAGAAUUCAUAUUUUUCUGAACUGGGAAGGGAUGAUCCAUUUGUGAUCACUGAAGAUCAGCAAUACAGCAUCACAGAUUAUUUUGACAAUGAAGAAUUAUCAGCAUUUGGAGUGGAAGAAUCAUUCUUCCAUAAUAAUUGUUUACCCCAAGAUCAUAUAAUGAUCCCAAGAAACAGCUCCACAACCAGCUUAUUAUCUGCAUCAUCAACCGUAGAAACUCUCCCUCAAAAUGCCAUGGAAACUCCAUCCCAAAAUCACAAGAAAACCCCUUCUCCAAUGCUUCUCACAUUUGGCGACUCAAAUAGUACUUCUACUACUACUACUACUGCACCCGGAGAGAAUAUCAAUAUUAUUGGAGCAAUGAAUUACAACAACAACAACAUGGAGGAUGAUAAUAUUAUUUCAGUUUCUGAUCAUACAAAGAAGAAACCAACUGCUCCCCGGCGCAUUAGGCCGCCUUCACAGAAUUAUGAUCACAUCAUAGCAGAAAGAAAGCGCCGCGAGCAGCUCAGUCAACAAUUUGUAGCUCUUUCAUCCAUUGUUCCUGGCCUCAAGAAAACGGACAAAACAUCUGUUCUUGGGGAUACAAUCAACUACUUGAAGCAUUUGAAAGAGCGCGAAAAGGCGUUAGAGGAACAAGCCAUGGCGCAGACCAUGGAAUCUAUGGUGCUUGUGAAGCAAUCUAAGGUCGUGAUUGAUGAAGAUGAUGAUGAUCAUCAUUCAAAUAAUGAUGGUGAUCAAGUUGUUGUUGGAAGUAGCUCAAAUAUUAUUGAGCAGCCACUUCCUGAGAUUGAAGCUAAAUUUCGUGACAAACAUGUUUUGCUAAGGAUACUGUGUGAGAAACAGAAAGGGGUGCUGUCUAAAAUCCUUUAUGAGUUGGAGAAGUUCAAUUUGGCUGUUACCAGCACAAAUGUUGCACCCUUUGGAAGCUUGGCACUUGAUAUCACCAUUAUCACUGAGGUGAACAUUUUCUUUUUAUUACUCUCUUCGUUUCAAAAUUAUUGUCCAGUUUCGAUUUUCAAUUGUAGUUUAAUUUAUACUAGAAAUAAAAAUUUAAACGACAAAAGUUUUGGGACGGAAAAAAAAAAAAACAAACAAACAAACAAACAUUUGCAUGUUCAUGUCUAAUAUGUCAAUACUUCAGUUUUAAUUAACUUCAAAAUUUUUACUAACAUGCAUGAUUAACAAAUUCCGUAUAUUUUCUUUCUUUCUUCUUCUUCUUUCUGUUUGCAGAUGAGAAAAGAUUUCAACUUGUCAACCAAAGAACUUGUUCAACUCCUUGGAUCAGCUCUUGGACGAAGGCCAAAUAAAUAAAUGUUAUCAAUAUUCUUCAAUUGAAAAACAGGAAGAGAAGAAAGCAUAGAUGGAUGUUAAUUUGUUUGGAUCUGUAAUUGUUGAAUAUAGUAAUAACUAAGCGUGGCAUGGAUUUGUGAUCAAUUGUUUCUCGUGCACCUCGUGCUGGUUUCUAUGAAAUGAUCCUUGCAUUCCAUGAAUAAAAUUUACUCAUUUUUUAAUUAACUUAUUUCCAUAAUUUGUUAUUGUACUGUACUGUUGAUAUUUUU